GGAGCCAUCUUGCCGGGAUUGCGGCCCGCUUCGGACGCGGCUGCGGCCGUCGAGAGGGCGUGGGGAAGGCUGGGGUGAGGGGGCGCGGCGGCGACGAGGGCGGCGACACUCUCCUCCCCCGGCCUCACCGCGUGGGACGGCGCGAGCGGGUUUCGGAGGGAUGUCCGCCUUCUCCGAGGCGGCGCUGGAGAAGAAGCUGUCGGAGCUGAGCAACUCGCAGCAGAGCGUGCAGACCCUGUCGCUGUGGCUCAUCCACCACCGCAAGCACUCGCGGCCCAUCGUCACCGUGUGGGAGCGGGAGCUGCGCAGAGGUGAGCGGCCGCCGCCGGCGUCGUCCCGCAGGUUCCCGGAGACCGCUCGGGCGCCGCGGCUUCCUGGAUCCGGAGCCCGACCCGGCUCCCCUGCGCCCCGUCCCGGCUCCGCACCUCGUGCUCCCGGCUCCCCUGCGCCCACUUCCACAGCUCCCUACCCGCCCCUGGCCCUCGGCUUUCUACUCCUGCUCCUGGUGUCCCCCGCCUCCAGUCUCCCCGUACCCUUCAACCACGCACCCCAAUUGCUGCCCCUGCUCGCGUCCCCGCCACCCCGUCUCCCCUCCUUCACUCUACCCACGCACCCCGCCUGGACCCGGGGCUUUCUGCCUCUGUUCCUCCCGUCCCGCCCGGUCCCCCCCUGCGUCCCCGCCCUUGCUGGGAGCGCUGUCUUGGGGCCGUUUAGUGAAACGGAUGAAAGUUGUAAGAAGCACCUGGGAAGAGUGUUAUCUAUUUGGGAAGAAAGAUCUGUUUAUGAAAAUGAUGUAUUAGAACAACUUAAGCAAGCUCUGUAUGGUGAUAAGAAAACGAGGAAGCGGACUUAUGAACAAAUAAAGGUGGAUGAGAAUGAAAACUGCUCCUCCCUGGGCUCCCCAAGUGAGCCACCACAGACUCUAGAUCUCAUUAGAGCAUUACAGGAUUUAGAGAAUGCAGCCUCAGGUGAUGCCGCAGUUCAUCAGAGGAUAGCUUCUUUGCCUGUGGAAGUCCAGGAAGUCUCCUUGCUUGAUAAAAUAACAGAUAAAGAAUCUGGAGAGAGGCUCUCUCAAAUGGUGGAGGAUGCUUGCAUGUUGCUGGCGGACUGCAAUGGCAGACUGGCGGCCGAGAUAGAUGAUAGAAAGCAGCUCACGAGAAUGUUAGCAGAUUUUCUUCGUUGUCAAAAGGAAGCCCUUGCAGAGAAAGAGCACAAAUUGGAAGAGUACAAGCACAAGUUAGCCAGAGUCUCCCUGGUGCGCAAAGAACUCAGGUCCCGGAUCCAGAGCCUGCCAGAUUUAUCUCGACUGCCCAAUGUCACUGGCAGCCACAUGCACCUGCCCUUUGCUGGGGACAUCUACAGUGAAGAUUGAUGACCAAUCUCUUCCUGAGCCAAGGACUUUGUCAAGAGAUGGAGACAGGUUAGGUGGCUAGUCUUGUAGUGUAUUUUUGUACAUUGUUGAGAGAGUGAAACUAACACAAGAAAUGACACGUAAUUUAUAAAAUUGUUUAAAAUGUUGGUUUGUUUACUAUUUUAUUAGUGAGUUAACAUGACAGUUGAAACAAAGUGAUGAUCUCUGUGUUCAUGAGCUCACAAAUAGUGAUUAUUUUCAAAAGAUCUUUUUGUAAGUUCUUUUGAUCCAAGGCCUUGUGAGAAAUUCCGUGUGUCUGUUUCUUCAUGUAUUUUGAAGUUGUGUUGUUUUUCCAGCAUCUAAUCAUUGUGUUUUACCUAAUCCCUGAGUGGGAAGCACUGAUCAGGCGGUGAGGCCUGACUGUGCUGUAGUGAGGGCUUGAGUGUGGAAAGGGCCGAAUGUCCCACUUGAUCGCCUCUUCCCAACCCAGAAGACACUGGCUCUGCGCCUCCUCAUGCCUUUGAGUUUUUUUUUUUUUAAUUCCCUAGAGGUCAGUAACUUAACACUAUGUAUGGAUGACACGUGGCUGGUCUCAUCAAAGCCUACUGAACUUUUCCCCAGUAGUGUUAUACUAGUUCCAUUCCAAACACUAAUGUAGAAUAAAAAGACUAUUAAAUAGAGACUCCCUUAACUACAGUGAUUAGAACUGAGUACAUUUAAUGCUUUGGAAAUGUAAAUUCUGAUACUCUUCUUCUUCUUUUUGGUCUUUUUGAGACAGGGUCUUUCCCUGUAGCCCCAGCUGUCCUGGAACUCGCUAUGUAGAUCAGGCUGGCCUCAGUCUUUUAGAGAUCCUUCUGCCUCUGCCUUCCAAGGGUUGGAAUUAAAGGCAUGUACUACCAUGCUUGGGUAAAUUCUGACGUUGUAUCAAGAGAACACCUCUGGUUCUGCAUGGAUUUCUUUCUGUCAGAUGAGUCUUCUUUUAGCAUAAUUGAUCUCUUGAAUACAAAUUCCAGCUACAGGGAUUAAAGGAAAUAUAAACAGACAAGCUUGUUCCCUCAUCUACGUAGCUUAAGCAGCAGUGCUCUCAGCUUGAACAGCUCAAGAACACAAUACUCCUUAAUGUUCAGUAAAGUAGCCUGGAACAUUUCUAAUAUUCCCUUAGGAUCUUUGAAUGACUGUGUAUUUGGGAAUUAAGCAGCACUAUACUACAGGGUAGUUUGGUAAACUUUAUAUUUGUAUGUUUACAGAUGUAAAUACAAAACAAUACCUUCACUCUUGUUUUGAACCCUGUGUAUUAGAGCAGGUACACACCCUCCAGCUUUCUUUUCAAGUUGGGUUGUGGGUUUGUAGUUGAUGAUGACUGAGGGUAAACAUUUUUCUCCUUAUUGCUUUACAUAUUAGAAUUUCUCAUUGUAAUCAGAUUCAAAUUAGAUAGAUAGUAGAGCACCUUUUAGAGCCCACGGGCCACUUCAUUUCGCUACUCUGAAUGGCGUCACUGUUUCUUUCUCAGUGUUAGACUGCAGCUGGCAUGAGCUUACAUGUGAAGGACAUGGCAAGUGAUUAUCUUCAAUAGCCAGUGUAGUUCUGGAAGCAGCUUCUAACAGUUUGACCUCUCUCUAGAACAGACAUGUACAGAGUCGGCCCAUCUGCAGCUCCUGUCUUUAUGCUUUCUGGGAGUUUGAACACAUUUUCUCACAGAAUCUAAAGUAGUUCCCUGUACACACUACCACUGAUGUUCACUUGGGAACCUGGUCCACUUGUGCACGAGUGUACUUAGCUUAUAACACAGUCGGUAAGAUACUCACUGAAUGCCCUGAGCAGCAUCUGUAGCAUCACGAUAAGGAAAUUGUGUGACAGCCAGACCAUGUGUUGGGGUGUCUGCUAGUACUGUGUCUCUCUGUCCCUAGGUUUAGGAAACAGAAGAAUAGAUUCAGCAAAGGAGGUAGUGACAAAAGCAUAUUACAUACCCUGGCUAUACCCGUUAUGAAAGUAUGCCAUGUGAGUUAGUUUUUGUUGUCAAUGUGAAAGGAAAGCCUUGUGUGUUGUUUUCAGUAUCAUGACCUUAUUUAUGAUCUGACCCUGGUGAUUUAUCUAGCCAAAAUAGAUAUUUUUUUCCAUUUAAAACUAAUUUAUAAACUGUGCACUCUUGGGAAGAUAUAAAAUCUUUUAGAAGUUUGCUGAAAUAUUUUCAUCAAGACAGACUUCUGACUUAGAUACUGUUUUAAUGCCAGUAUCUGAUCUAAAUAUUUAUGAUAAAAAUGUAUUAUUUUUUUAAAAGAGCUUGAUGAGAUUUGUAAGUGCUAGUACCCAAGAACUUUAAUCCCACCACUUGGCCAACUCUCCACAAGCCUCAGUUGUUGGUUAGCGUGCUAACUGAAUACAAACUAGUAAUCUGUUCUCAAAGUCAUGUUUUUAGCCUUAGAGUUAAUAUGGUAAGCCUCAGUAGGGAACUGUCUUCCUUCCUAAAAGGAAGACUAAGUUUUCUCAAGAAAUGGGCUUAGGUGAGGGGUAUAAAAUAUCAAAUUCUAAAUCAUGCACAUCUUCUCCACUGUGUGCCUGAGGCAAAUCAUGCAUGUCAGUGCAGGCUGGCCUGGAGGGAAUCAUGUCACAUUUGCAGCAGGUACUGUGCUGUGAAUGGAUACCAUUGCUCUUUUCUCCACAAACAAUACAGAGAGCUGUCUGGAGUGACAAUGUGAACAGAUUCCCUGGUGCUCCCUCUGCUCCUCCACCACUACAGUAAGAGAACUCAGGGGGAACCAGGAGUCUGACAGUGAGUUGUGCACUACGGCCAGCUUUCCUUUGAGGAAACCGGUUCCAUGUGCAGCUGUUAUGAUGUCUCCUUCACAUGCAUUAUGAAUCACGGUUUUUCUAUAAGAAAUACUUUAGAAUCAACAGUAGCUGGAUGAUCCAGUCAUGGUGAUUUGCAAAGUUAAAAGAAUGUAUGAUGAGUCGUCAGUUGUCACUGUCGAUGGACAGCUUUAUGGUAGUUCAAGAACUGGCUCUGAGAACUUUUAGAGAAGAAAAGGGUAAAAGUACAAAUUAAUUAAUUGGGAAAGUUAGGUCUUUCUGAAUUUCCCACUCUAAAAUCUGGUAUUACAUGAAGUAGCAUAAAGCUACUAAAUUGCUUUGUUUGCAGUUAAGAAUGAGUCCCUGAAGACGGCGUCUUUUCUCACACUUGUUACACUGUAGCAAAGCUUUGAAAAGUGUAAACCAGACCUUGUCCAUCUAGAUGAGACAGGAAGCAUGGUGGUACCUAGUGAGUUCAUUUAUACAGAGCAUUUGUCGCCAACCCUAAUUCCAGCCAUCCUCACAGCCUGUUCCGAGGUGGCAUUAGCACAUGGGAAGAGGAACUCUCCCGAUCUGUUUUCCCUUUUCUUGGCUGUAUCUGAUGACAGUAUAAGAUCUUCUUAAUAAAGUUUUAUGUUCUUUUUGAA